UCCUGCCGUAGUUACACGGCCGACGUCAACGUGGACGAAUGCAUUUAACGUGCUCUUCUGCUCGUCCAUCCGAAUUACACACUUCUCACCGCAUCCCAGCAUCCGUCGAACAUCCUCCUGGUUUCUCCCUGGACACAUAGACAUUUCGCCGCGCCGCACCGACACUCUCCAUUGUUCCAGUAUUUCGCCGUAAAAUCAAUCACAUCGUCAAGAUCUUCCUUCGGAAUCCAGAUUAAUUUUUCUCGUACUAAUCGAAGACGCGAGAGCCAAUAGUCAAAUUUCAAUCUCUUGAUUCUGCCUGAGAAGUAGCUACAUUUAGCUAUAUUGCCUCGCGAAAACACCAUUUGCUUUGCGAAAAUUUGCAGAAGAUAAUCGCCGUUCAGAAAGAAAUAGUCUUUGCGCUUUGUACGCGAGAAAUCAACUAUAAGAAUAUAUGAGAAGCGCCCCUUCCUCGAAGAGAAGUUCGAAGAUUCAUAAGUAUUGUAUCUGCGUGGCUAAUAAUUUCUGACAACCAUGAAGACUUUCUUGGAAUUAUUUUUGCUUUCUUUUACGUUACAAACAUUCAUCGUCGUAGGAAACGCACACCCUCUCACCGAGUACAAAGAAGAUUUCUUAAAAGAUAAUAAUGAAAUGAAAAGCUUAAGCAUUACGAAAAACAAUACAGCCUCAUCAAUUACACCUUACAUAUGCGUUUAUAUACCGUCUGAUCUGGAUCGCUGCGACUUCGUUGGUCAUCAUAAAUCUAGUGAAAAUCUUUGGAACUUGACACACAAACUGUCGGAAAAGAAAAAGUGCAAGCUGUUAAAGAGUAACAAAAAAUACUUAUCACAUUCGACGUUCGUUCCAGAAAUGAAAAAAGUUCGUACGCAAAAGUCCAUAAUAAUAUAUGAAAUACAAAGAUGCGUGCCAUCAAGAUUGCCAUUUAAUUUACCUUGGUGUACAGAUGAAGAGUUUUCAAAUAAGAAGAGCGAGAUCCGAAAGCUUUAUCCUUUCGCGAUAGGUUUUUCAAAAGCAACACACGAAUUUCCGAAGCACGAUUUUUCUAAACGCCGAAAUUUGUAAUAAGGGCGAAAUCUGUGCGGAGCGCUUUAAACGUUCGAUGCGGACGACAAGGCAAUCCGCGCUAAUUGCUGGAAACGGAUCAUUUUUAUUAAUCUUUAUUAUAUUUUUUAAAUUUUUUUACACCGAUAAUUUUUAUUUGAGAAUAUAAAUCGGAAAAAUGUGUUAACCACAUAUAUGUGCCAUAUAGUCCACGCCAAUAACCUUCGCUGAACACAUAUAUGUGUCCACAUAGCACUCAAAGAGUUAAUCGUAAAAAUGAUAUCAAUAACGUGAUUGCUGAUGAUUGCGCGUGCAAUCGUUCAAUGUAAACAGCCUUAAUAUUAAUAAUAAAUAUCGUUAUAUAUAAAUAUAGUUAU